AUGCCUGUUGUUGCUGGUCCUCCCGCAGCCGGUCCCUCGACCUUCGACAAGAUGAAAAUGGGUGCCAUGAUGGGUUCCACUGUCGGUGGUAUUAUGGGCUUCAUUGGUGGAACUGUGGCCAUCUUCCAGUACGGCGCUGGUCCCAACGGAGUUAUGCGUACUCUGGGCAAGUACAUGCUGGGUUCCGGUGCGACUUUUGGUCUGUUCAUGUCCAUCGGUAGCGUGAUCCGUUCCGAGGGACCCCGUAACGACCUCUGGCUCCGUGCCCAAGGACCCCCGAUGAUCCUUCCUCGCCAGACCCCGCUGCGCUCGAUGCGCCAAUAA